GACUCUCUCAGUAGCUGGUGCUAUAGAAUCGUUGUGAUUACAGCACAGGCGCAGUGUCGUGGUGAGCCAUCAGCCGAGAAACAUCAAUGGAUAGUCAUAGAAUAAGAUGGCAGACUGCGAGUCGGAAGUGCAGCCUCGAACGCCAGUGACCAACAUUGACGGAAUGAAUACAACAGUGACGAUGGUCAACAAUGGCCGUGUGCCUCAACACUCUGUCAACAACACCUCGGAUCCAAUAGGACAGGGACCAAGGUGCGUCACAAUUUACAAGACUGAAACCGGGUUUGGGUUCAAUGUACGCGGCCAGGUCAGUGAGGGUGGACAACUAAGGAGCAUCAACGGGGAACUCUAUGCACCACUUCAACAUGUCAGUGCCGUUUUAGCUCAAGGUGCUGCUGAAAAGGCCGGUGUUCGCAAGGGCGAUCGCAUUCUAGAAGUAAACAACGUCAACGUCGAGGGUGCAACUCACAAGCAGGUAGUCGACCUGAUAAAAUCCGGAGGUGACGUUUUGACCUUAACUGUGAUCUCAGUAACACCACAGGAAGCAGAGAGAUUAGAACCAUGCGAGGAUAUAAGCUAUGCAUCGGUGGAUUACAGUGAGAAAAGAUCUUUACCAAUUAGUGUACCGGAUUACCAUGUUCGCGAAAGAAAACAUGAACGGUAUGUUGUUUUUAAUGUUCACAUGGCAGGUCGUCAUUUAUGCUCUCGUCGAUAUCGAGAAUUUGCCGCACUCCAUAUGGCCUUGAAGAAGGAAUUUAUUGGAUUCAAUUUUCCGAAAUUGCCUGGAAAAUGGCCUUUUCAAUUAAGCGAGCAACAAUUAGAUGCAAGAAGACGAGGAUUGGAACAGUAUUUAGAGAAAGUUUGUGCAGUUAGAGUUAUAGCUGAAAGUGAUGCAAUGCAGGAAUUUCUCACAGACAGAUUAGAAGAGGAUGGUGAUCAAGGACCUGCGGUGGAUUUGAAAAUUCUACUUCCUGAUCGAGAAGUGGUCACCGUCACUGUAGCUAAAGCAGCCCCUGUAAAAGAUGUCUACGAUGCUGUUUGCUGUCGAGUUGGAUUAGACGCAGAAACAGCAAAAUACUUUUAUCUUUUCGAAAUCGUCGAAUAUAAUUUCGAGAGAAAGUUGCUAUCCCAUGAACAUCCACACACCUUGUACAUUCAGAAUUAUUCAACGGCUAGUGCAACUUGCCUAUGCAUAAGGAGAUGGCUCUUUAAUAUUUCAAGACCCCUCAGUGAGCAAGCAUUAACGUGGAUAUUUUGGCAAACUGUCGAUGAAGUUAAUAGAGGACAUAUUUCCGCGGGCGAGAGACUCUAUCAACUCAAAGCAUUGCAAGAUGCUUCAAGAAAACACGAGUAUCUGAAAUUAGCCCGUGAAUUAAGUGGCUAUGGUGAUAUUGUAUUUCCUCAUUGUGCUUGUGAUUCGAGAAAAGAGGGUCACGUGGUUGCGGCUGUUGGUACCUCGUCAUUUAAAUUGCAUGCCGCAAAAGAAGACGGCACUUUAGAAUCGCAAGUGGUCGAAUUUCAAUGGAAUACAAUCACACGAUGGGAAACCGAUGAAGAGGGUAUGGCCUUUUGCUUCCAAUAUACAAGGUCUGAUAAUCGACCACCUCGUUGGCUCAAAGUCUUCACCCCCUAUUUUACGUUCCUGGCGGACUGUUUCGAUCGAAUAUCAGAAGAAGUAAAGUGGGAUGAUUUGAGCGAAUGACAACAUGCAAAAAAUUAAUUACGUUUUUUAAUAUUCUUUAUAAAAACAGAAAUUCCUCACUUAUAUGCAUUGUGUAUAUUGCCCACAAUGCAUACUAAAUAAAUUGUCAAAACUUUUUUCCAAUA